AUGCGAGGGCAGAGAGAAAAGUUUUUUCAGGCCGACCGAAGGCUAUUUUUUUUAAGGCGGUCUGCGACGCGCUGCGGGGAGAACCGGGCGAUAGACGACCCGACGGGAGCGAACAAGAGGCAGAUGGAAUACGAAGGACAAGCCAUCGACCCGGAUUUCCAAAUAGAACGCGUGAAGUUGGACGAGCUGGAUCCAGAGCAGUUCUAUUCGAGAUUUGUGGUAAAAAGAAGACCAGUCGUACUGGAGGGAACCAUAGAAGGGUGGGAACCGGAAAAAUGGACGCUGGAGAGGCUGAUGCGUAUGUCGGUGGAGAAGGAGGUGAUCGUUGAGAGGAGAAGCGCCGGCGACCGGGCGUUCGGGACGGAUACACCCAGAGUGAAGAUGCCGUGGUCAGAGUUUAUAGCGCGCAUGGGGAACAAAGACGAAGAGGAGAGCGAUUAUUAUCUGAGUACGCAAUACGAAGAUAACGACGACGAAGUGGAUGAGUUUUGUUCGUUUCCCCUCUCUUGUUUCUUGGACCAAGUGCCCGCUCGUCCGUCGAUUCUGGGCAGCUUGGUGCCAAAUAGAAUGAACAUGUGGAUGGGCAAAAGCCGCGUGGGAACAAGCAGCGGCCUACACCACGACUUCGACGACAAUUUGUACAUACUCCUCAAGGGUGAGAAGAAAUUUUGCCUGUUUUCUCCUAUCGAUGCAUAUAAGAUGAACACCUAUGGAACGAUUAAACGCGUGCACCCAAACGGACUGAUCAAUUACGAAGGAUGCGAAGAAACUCGCUCCGAUGGCAUAACGUUAUCGGAAGUCACCGCAUUGUUAUCCAUGUCCAAGCAGCCUUGUCCCACAGCUCCCAGCUCAAGUGAUCUCUCGGCCUCUGACGUGACAGCCGAUGAUUCUUGUGGCGAGCAAUCAGACUGCCUGUCCUGUUCCUUCGACAUGUCGUCAUUCAAGGACGACUUCGACGAUUACGUAGACAUGAGCGCCGACUCGUUGUCGAGGGAAGCUGACGAUGGCUCAGAAGAGCCCCUUCACUUCUGCAAACUUCCCUCGUCUUACUUUGUCAACUCUCGCUCCUCCAGCCCGCCACACCGCGUGCUCGAACUGCAUCAGGGAGACGCGCUGUACCUGCCCGCCGGGUGGUUCCACGAAGUCACGUCAUGCGGCACGCACGACUCCUCUGACCACGUACACCUCGCCGUCAACUACUGGCUUUACCCGCCCACCACCACCGCUACCUUCGAAUCCCCCUACCAGGACGACCUGUGCCGGCAAGUCUGGACCCGCAAACUCCAAUCCGCCCGAGCGCGCAACCCGUCUGCCGCCCCUUCUGAUCCAGUCCCUGUCUGACAAUACAAACAUA